AUGGCAGCGGGUGCGGGUUGGAGCUGGGCGCUCCCCGGCUCCCAGAGCUCGGCUCCGACGGGCCCGGGGCUGGGGUGCUGGGCAGAGUCCUGGGGCGGGGCGGGGUGCCUGGUGGGAGCCCCACGUGGACUUGCUGCCCCGCUGCCCGCAGACCUGCUGGAGCUGCUGCUGCUGCAGAACGCGCAGGUGCACCAAGUGCUGCUCAGUCGCCUGGCCUCCGGGGCGCUGAGCGCGGAGCCCGUGGCUACCGGCCUGCAGGUCUACCUGGAGGGCCACCUGGAGGAGGACGAGGACCAGGAGGAGGAGGAGGAGCUGGGAGUCCAGGGGGACGGGCCGCUGGUGUUCCACCACCACUACCUGCCCUGUGCCCCAGCCCCCCUGGGCCCUCUGCUGCCCUGGCCUGUCCCUCUACUGCCUCUGCCCCACCUGCAGGCCACUCCCAGGAUGCAGCACCUAGCUCCUGCCCCAGGGAGAAGGGAGGUGAGAGCUGUGCCCCCACCCCCACCCCCCAGUGCCACAGGAACUGUGGGUGUGGAUGUGCCCCCGGCUUCAGAUUACUAUGAUGCCGAGAGCCUGCCGUGAGAAUGGACACAGCCCUGCACUCAGGCCAGCAGUGUGUGUGUGGUGGAGGGGGUGGGGGGUGGGGGACCACCCUGCUCUCUCUGCUGUGCCUGCAGUC